AUGGCGACUCUCCCCUUUGACAAGUUCACUCAACGGCUCGGGACACCGUCCUCGGGUGCCACCUAUAGUUAUAUUCACAUUCCGUCAACUUCACACAACCCCACCAUUCUCUUUAUACACGGAUUCCCUUCAUCAUCUUAUGAUUGGCGGCACCAAAUCAUAUACUUUUCUUCGAAAGGGUAUGGUAUCGUUGCUCCCGACCUCCUUGGAUUUGGUUGCACAGACAAGCCCGAGUCACUAGCAGAAUACAGAGGAAAGAAGAUGGCGCUUGAAAUAGAAGACAUAUUGGAUCUUGAGAAUAUACAAAAAGUGCAUGCCGUCGGCCAUGACUGGGGUUCUUUCGUUCUCUCCCGGUUCGCAAACUACUGUCCAACUCGCCUUAUGAGUCUCACAUUCCUAAGCGUCGCGUACAUGCCGCCGGGAGAGCUGUUUGAUCUUCAAAAAAUAAACCUCUCGAGCAAGCAGCUCCUUGGGUAUGAGCUAUUUGGAUACUGGGAGUUCUUCGAUCGGAAGGACGCCGCAGACAUAAUAAAAGAGCAUUUUGAAUCGUUCUACUCUAUGAUCCAUACGAGUGACCCUAGUGUUGUUAUGGAAAACAUGGCCCCUAUUGGGGCAUUCGAAAAAUGGCUGAAGACAGGACAGGCAGCUCCAGUGGCUUCUUACCUCUCCGAGCAGGAGAAGAAAAUUCACCGCAACAUCUUUAACGAUGAAUAUGGACCGGCUUUGAACACUUACAGGUCCCUCAUUGCAAAUGUUAAUUUGGAAGAUGAGAGGCUCGCGCGAAUCGACCCAAUGCUCGACCACCCGGUGCUGCUUAUUACCGCGACCCACGAUAAGAUUGGACGACCGGAACUUGAAGAGCGGCGUAUGAGGUCCUUUGCCACCACUAAUUUGAGGGUUGAGCAAGUAGAUACGGGACAUUGGCCGCACAUGGAAAGAAAGGAUGAGGUCAACGAUUACAUCGAGAGCUUCAUCGCCAAAAUCGAGUUGGAAGUACCUACUUGGUGA